GGGGGAAAGUUUGCAUUGCAAUCCCCCUGCCUUCCUCUCCUUUCUCCCGAUCGAUGCAUAUUUGCAAAAGGAUUAAGCCACAGAUUUAAGCGCCGGGAGCCCAUUUCUGCCUUGCAAAGGAGAUCGGACUGAAAAACCCAAAGGCAGCUCUGAUUUCUUUUCGCCAAGUGGGAAGGUGGUUUAUUUUUCUUGCUUUUUUGGAGUCAACACCCUUCCCCACCAGCCCUUAUCCCCACCCUCACCCCGCAACCCCUUCACGGCCCCCUCCCCCUCCCCAUCCUCCCACCAUCCUCUAAAGAGGCAAAGAGAUUUUUUUUUUCCUUUUGGUCUUUUUUUUUCAUCCCCUUCCCUGUUUAUCCUGAAAAGGAUUUGAAGACAGCUUGAAGGAUAAAAAGCCUCGGUGCCUCCCAGGCGCCGAGCCGAGGAGCCGAAGAGGAAGAGCCGGGGGCUGCCGGAGCCUUCGGAGAUGGACGAGCAGCCGAGGCUGAUGCAUUCCCACGCUGGGGUCGGGAUGGCCGGACACCCUGGCCUGUCCCAGCACUUGCAGGAUGGGGCCGGAGGGACCGAGGGGGAGGGCGGGAGGAAGCAAGACAUCGGGGACAUUUUACAGCAAAUCAUGACCAUCACAGACCAGAGUUUGGAUGAAGCGCAGGCCAGAAAACAUGCUUUAAACUGCCACAGAAUGAAGCCCGCCUUGUUUAAUGUGUUGUGUGAAAUCAAAGAAAAAACAGUUUUGAGUAUUCGAGGAGCGCAGGAAGAGGAGCCCACAGACCCCCAGCUGAUGCGACUGGACAACAUGCUGUUAGCGGAAGGGGUGGCAGGGCCGGAAAAAGGUGGAGGGUCCGCAGCGGCGGCGGCUGCGGCAGCAGCGUCUGGAGGUGCAGGUUCAGACAACUCAGUGGAGCAUUCCGAUUACAGAGCCAAACUCUCACAGAUCAGACAAAUCUACCACACGGAGCUGGAGAAGUAUGAGCAGGCAUGCAAUGAAUUCACCACCCACGUGAUGAACCUCCUGCGGGAGCAAAGCCGGACCAGGCCCAUCUCCCCAAAGGAGAUCGAGCGGAUGGUCAGCAUCAUCCACCGCAAGUUCAGCUCCAUCCAGAUGCAGCUCAAACAGAGCACUUGUGAGGCGGUCAUGAUCCUGCGCUCCCGGUUUCUGGAUGCAAGGCGGAAGAGACGGAAUUUCAACAAGCAAGCCACAGAAAUUCUGAAUGAAUAUUUCUAUUCCCAUCUCAGCAACCCUUACCCCAGUGAGGAAGCCAAAGAGGAGUUAGCAAAGAAGUGUGGCAUCACAGUCUCCCAGGUAUCAAACUGGUUUGGAAAUAAGCGAAUCCGGUACAAGAAGAACAUAGGUAAAUUUCAAGAAGAAGCCAAUAUUUAUGCUGCCAAAACGGCUGUCACUGCCACCAAUGUGUCAGCCCAUGGAAGCCAAGCUAACUCACCCUCCACUCCCAACUCAGCGGGUUCUUCCAGUUCUUUUAACAUGUCAAACUCUGGAGAUUUGUUCAUGAGCGUGCAGUCACUCAAUGGGGAUUCUUACCAAGGGGCCCAGGUUGGAGCCAACGUGCAAUCACAGGUGGAUACCCUUCGCCAUGUUAUCAGCCAGACAGGAGGAUACAGUGACGGACUCGCAGCCAGUCAGAUGUACAGUCCGCAGGGCAUCAGUGCUAAUGGAGGUUGGCAGGAUGCUACUACCCCUUCAUCAGUGACCUCCCCUACAGAAGGCCCUGGCAGUGUUCACUCUGAUACCUCCAACUGAUCUCCCAGCAAUCGCAUCCCGGCUGACCCUGUGCCGCAGUUGGGACAGGGGCAGGAGGGAGGGUUUCUCUCCCAACGCUGAAGCGGUCAGACUGGAGGUCGAAGCAAUCAGCAAACACAAUAAGAGUCUCCUUCUCUUCUCUUCCUUGGGAUGCUAUUUCAGCCAAUCUGGACACUUCUUUAUACUCUCUUCCCUUUUUUUUUCUGGGUAGAAGCCACCCUUUCCUGCCUCCAGCUGUCAGCCUGGUUUCUGUCAUCUUCCCUGGCCCCUGCUCUCUGUUCUAGACACCUGGGGUUCCUGCCCUCAUUAUAUCACUGAAGGAUAUUUUCAACCAUUAGAGGGAUUUCAAAAGAAAAAACAAAUUACAAAGAAAACAAUAAACGUGUUUGUAUGUUUUCAUGCUGGUGGUUUGAGGAGCCAAAUUUACCUCACUCGAAUCCCUCAUCCCUACGUUGACAGGCAAUCCUUCUGUUUCUCUUGUUGUUCUCACUACCUCUUAGCAGGAAUACACCACACUGCCCCACUCAUUCCAGGCCACUCUGCCUCCUCUUGCUCCUCCUCCCUGGGAACAAUCCUGAUUUCUUCCUCUUCUUUCCAACCCCAGGCAUUGGUUGGGGACUGCCAUAGCUGGGCUUCUAAAGGUGCCAUGUUUCUCACUGUAGCUCUACCAGAUUGAGUCCCAGGCAGGAAGUCAAGACCGCAGGAAAGGGCACAAGGAACAUCAAGGGCAGGAUUCCUGCUAGCUUUCUCAUCUUCUUCAAAACAGCUCUUGGCUUCAGAGGCUCAGUCUUUUGAGACCACUCAGCACUUGGGUAGCAGCGUUCGGAACCUAAUGCAAACCAGGUCUGAGUGAGGCUGCUGCAGAGUGCAUCCAUAAAGAGUGGAUGCUUCUCAUCCCCAAAGGCUUCACUAUCCCUUCCUACACAUGCAUGCACAUACACGGCACACUGGUAGACACAUGCUCAGCCUCACGCCUUUGUUCUUCCAAGAUCCCAUGUGCAAAUGCAUAUGAUACUAUCAUAGCUCUCUACCUGGUGAACCCUAGAGAAGCAGUAUGUACCUGAGGCUUCCAGAAAGAGCCAGUGUGCUCUUACCCCAGGGCAUGCACAGGACUUUAUCAGGAUGAAGGUCAGGUUUCAAGGGUAAACUGUUUCCAUUCCCACCAUGUCUAGAGCUCUCAGGGAGCCAUACACAGGACUUACAAUGUCUAUGAUGGAUUUGAUUGCUUUACUUUUGUUUUUAAUGUUUUUUAAUGUUAGGCAUGUUGUAUUAACUUUCCAAAACAUUAUAUUAUACUAUGGUCUUGAUCCUGGCUUCUUCCUCUAGAAGAGAGAGUGAUGAAAGAAUGUGGUUCAGGUGAACGUUUUACUAGCUUAUUUUACGUGGAUAAGAAUCAUGGAGAAAGGGUAAGAAUAUUUUUAUUGAAAUAAUCAUCCUGAUCUGUAUUCCCUAGGAUUGGGAGAAAAUAACAUGUAACAUGUACCAGAAAGCUAGUCUUGAAAAUCACCUGAAUUUACAUUCUUCCAAGCCACUCUGCCAGCAGUAAAGAUGUCAGUUUUGCCCAUAGCCUAAGUAGCAGGCAGUCAAAUAUCUUGGUGCUUCAUUUUCUGCAUCUAUAAACUGGGGAUUGUUAUUCUUGGCUCACCAAGAGGCUUGUAAGAGACCCAAGAAAACUGGUUGUGUUCAUAUUUAAUCUCUAAGAGUGAAGUUAAGGGAAGCAGUGUCCCUAAGAUAAGUUGGUUCAUGCUAGGUCAGGACAAUAAGUGGUUUUCUUUUUUCUGACUUCUGGUUUUUAUCAGUACCUUGAUGUUAUCACCAUGAGUGAUUUUUGAGACUUUUUGUUUUGGUUUGGUUUUGGUCUGUUUGUUUUCUUAGGAUAGAGAAGAGAUUCCAAACUAGAAAAGUAGGACCUGGUUCUGGUAGUUUCUGCUUGAAUCCAGUGGGUGUCCUUGCAAGUGCUUGUCCCUUUCACAACUACUCAGCUUCAGGGACCUCCAGGAAGAAGUACAAGAUCUUGAGGACUGAGAAUGGCCAGCCAACAUGGUCAAGCCCAUUCUGAAAGGCACUGCAUAGUGAAUAGGGAACAUCCUUCCUGUGUUUGGAUGCCACUUAAAAAGCCUGAGGAUAUGCAUAUUUGCAUGUAAUGCAAAAAGGAAUCAUUUAGCAAAUUAAAGUAUGCCUGGAUGACCAAGGGCACUAGAAAGCCUGUGUCUACUAACCUGGGCGAUAGGACAGGGUGCCUAGGAGGAGCAUCCUCAUGACAACUCUGGAAUAAUGAGAACCAGUGAUCUUUGUCUUAGUGGCAAGAAUGCAUUGAAGCAACUCACAGAAACCUGAUUGGAUCCCAGCACUCACUGUGGAGCAAAUCAUGGGCAGCACUGAAGGGUUCUCUUGGAAACAGGAAUGAAUCUAGAUCUGGGUUGAAUGCCAUGCUGAGGGAAUGGAAAGUAUCAAAGUUGCCUUCACACAGGCAGCUUCUCUCCAGACAGUCUUUGCAAUGAACACCCCACACAGCACUUCACUAAGUCUCCUUUAGACCCAACGCUUUUCCUGAAGCCUGUCCAUGAUGCCCACUGUCACCUACAAGAUGGCCACCAGGGCUCUGUGUAUUAAGCAAGGCUAGAGAAUGCUGAUGACCUCAGAGUGGGGGUACAAAGAAUGUGCCUCUGGAAGCACAGCUCCCUGGAAAUUCCUGUUGGGUUAGUCACACAGAACUACCCCCGCAAAAUGUGCCCCAGGAUCCCUUCAUGUUCUAAGGACAAGUGGGAAUGCCCCCUUUCUCCAUAACAGCAAUUUUUCCCCAGAGAAAGGACAGCAGACAUGGGGUUGGCCACCUUGUAACUCUUCACCACAUCUUCCUCAUCCCCUGGAACAGACCCUGGCAGUGCUCGGCCUACUGGCACCUUCUUUCAACUUCUUAUUUUGCUGUGGCAGUUGUUAUUUGCUGGUUGCCUUUUAUCACGCCUAUCCGCCCCCUGCCCCUUCCUUUGACUCUUUAUUUUUCUGCCCAGAAAAACCUGACUUCGAUACCAAAAAAAGAUAAAACUACAGAAACUCAAAUUUAAAAAAAACUUAGAAAAAAUACAAAAAAAUACUCAAUGAUUCUUUCAGCUUUAUUAACAUUUUCCAUCGUUUCUUGCGACUUGUGUCUCGUUCUUUGUAGUAUCGAUGAUGAGCAUUUGAUAAUGAAUGUUCUUGUAUAUUCAGAUAAAGGAAAAAAACCAAAAAAGCGGUCUGAAUUUAAUAGUGUUUAUAAUAAAAAAAAUUUAAAAAUGACCCUCAUAGCACGCAAAACAGGAAGGGGAGUCUCCCCUUCUCUCUGUGAAAAUACACAUCAUUCCUACAUUAGUUUUUAACACCAGACUACCUACGUUCCUCAUUUCCCCCAUUUUUCUUUUUAUUUUCUUGCAUUUGUGAAUUAGUUCAAGAAUGCUAGAAAAGUGUCGUUGUGCACAUCCAUUUCUUGUUUCACAAUGUUUAAAAGUGACGGUAAUUCAUUUUGUAAACUAAAAAAAAAAGGUUGGAAUAGUGAGCCUAAUAGUUACAACCUAACAUAUUAUGUUUAUUCAUUUUGAGACCCGGAAAUAAAUUCUUUUCUUUAUUUCUGCUCUUAAAAAUACAAAAUAAGCCCCAAGCUUUUUGUGUUAUUUUUGGUUUGUUUAUUUGAGGGGGGGGUGCUUUUUUCACUGUCAGGAUUGUGAUCUUGCUGCUUUCACUCUUAACUGUGUAUACCAGGUGAUGUGAAAAGGGGUCCCUGGCAGAGGAGGCCAUUUUCUUGUUCUGCUUAGCUUCAGAGUUCAAUUGAUGUCAAAAGUAAACACAAAGCCCAGGCCCACUUCUCCUUGCUUCUUUGCAUCACAGAGAGUGUGGCACUCAGGUAGACCCUGAAAUAGGCAGGGACUUGCUUCUCCCUUAAAACAGUCAAGAUCAGUGGGAUCACUUACACUGUAGGGAAAGGCUUUGGUCUUUGUUGAUUCUGAAUGUCACAGUCAAGGGCUUUCUUUCUCCCUAUUGAUAUCAACAUUCCCUGAGGCCUCUUCCAAGGAGAAAGGAUUUUUCUCCCAGGAGAAUCCCAGGAGAGGUGAUAGGCAUAGAGUAUAUGCAGAAAGCUGGCCCUAGGUCCACCCGCUUGGGAUCCAGUCUUGAUUUGGGGAGAAGAGUUGGCAAGGUGUUGAAUCAAAGCUGUAGUGUGAAUGCUAAGUGGCCACUUUGGACUCACAGAUAAUACACUUUUUACUCACUUCCCGUUAGAUGAUGGUUGAAAGCAAAUCAUAAAGCUGGCUUCAUUUGGAAUGUUCUUAUUAAUUAUAGGAAAAAAGAAAGCUACAUUGCCCAACAGAAACUCAGUGUUAGACACUGCUCAUGCAAUACAUAGGUGUUCAGAAACCAGCCAGAAUGUCAACAAAAACCAUGAAGAAGGAAUACAGAAUUGUGGUGCAAAGCCUUAGGGCAGUGUUUCCACCCAGAGGCCCACACUCUUGUUCCAAAGCCAAGACAAAAUAAUGGCGGCGGCCUUUUCACAUCACCUUUAUGGUUUCCAUCCUAGCUCAAAGCUUCCUGGAAACUUUUAUUUUUUGUAAACUUUUUUUUUCUUUUGUUAAAAUAAAUAAAACAUCGAAUGUUCCCCCCUUUCUCACUUAUUACCUCUUCCCUUUGGCAGUUUCAUUUUGAAGUGCUUUCGUUUGGUUGGUGGUUUUAUCCUGUCCCCUCCUCCUCCCCUCCUUUUUUCCUUAUUAUUGAGAUUAUAAAUCUGCAAAGCUCUGCUCUAUUUUGGUUUUGAAAGUUUAAGCUUUUCUGCUUCUGUGAGAUCACAGGCUUCUGUCCCUUUUGAUUCCAACUGAACUUUUGUGUUCUCUAAUGAUACUAACACGGUGUAGGUUUUACAGUCUCCUAAUUUGUACUGGUAAUGCAUAUUCCAAAUAAAUAGUUUCUUUUGUUGCAAAAAUAUAUA